AUGUUUAUUGCGCGAUCCGAAUAUGCCAAACCCUCCAGCACUUUCUCCCCGGAAGGCCGUCUCUUCCAAGUCGAAUACUCACUCGAAGCCAUCAAACUUGGCUCAACUGCGAUUGGAGUAGCGACAUCCGAAGGUGUAGUACUGGGCGUUGAGAAACGAGUUACAUCCACCCUGCUAGAAACCUCCUCGGUCGAGAAGAUUGUCGAAAUCGACCGGCAUAUAGGAUGUGCAAUGUCUGGUUUACAGGCUGAUGCUCGCUCAAUGAUUGAACAUGCUCGUGUGGAAAGCCAAAAUCACGAAUUUCACUACAAAGAACCCCUCCGGGUCGAAAGUUGUACACAGGCAAUUUGCGACUUGGCUUUGAGAUUCGGAGAAGGGGCUGAUGGAGAGGAGAGCGUAAUGAGUAGGCCCUUUGGAGUUGCCCUCCUCAUCGCAGGUCAUGAUGAAGAUGGGCCGCAAUUAUAUCAUGCAGAACCGUCCGGCACAUUUUACCGCUACGAUGCCAAAGCUAUAGGAUCUGGCAGUGAAGGCGCCCAGGCCGAACUGCAAAACGAAUAUCAUCGAUCCUUGACGUUGGCGGAAGCUGAAACCUUGGUUUUGAAGACCCUCAAGCAGGUUAUGGAAGAAAAGCUGGACGCUAAAAAUGUACAAUUGGCAAGUGUGACAAAGGAGAAAGGGUUCCGUAUCUACAAUGAUGAAGAUAUGGGCAGGGUAGUGUCUACAUUGGGAGAGAACCAGUGA